AUGGCAUCCGAAGGUAUUACUGAAAUCGACUCUGGUUUAAUUGAAACCAAUUACGAUAACGUCGUCUACAAGUUCGACGAUUUAAACUUGAAACCAAACAUUGUUAGAGGUAUUUUUGGUUACGGGUAUGAAACUCCAUCCGCUAUUCAACAAAGAGCCAUCUUGCCAAUCACUGAAGGUAGAGAUGUUUUGGCUCAAGCUCAAUCCGGUACUGGUAAAACCGCUACCUUUACCAUUUCUGCAUUACAAAGAAUCAAUGAAAAUGAAAAAGCCACUCAAGCUUUAAUCUUGGCCCCAACCAGAGAAUUGGCUUUGCAAAUCAAGAAUGUUAUCACUGCUAUUGGUUUGUACUUGAAGGUUACUGUCCAUGCUUCUAUUGGUGGUACCUCAAUGAGUGACGAUAUUGAAGCUUUCAGAUCUGGUGUUCAAAUUGUCGUUGGUACUCCAGGUAGAGUCUUAGACAUGAUUGAAAGAAGAUAUUUCAAAACCGAUAAAGUCAAGAUGUUCAUUUUGGAUGAAGCUGAUGAAAUGUUAUCAAGUGGAUUUAAAGAACAAAUUUACAACAUUUUCAGAUUAUUACCAGAAACCACCCAAAUUGUCUUAUUAUCUGCCACCAUGCCACAAGACGUUUUGGAAGUCACCACCAAAUUCAUGAACAACCCAGUCAGAAUCUUAGUCAAAAAAGAUGAAUUGACUUUGGAAGGUAUCAAACAAUUCUAUAUUAAUGUUGAAUUAGAAGAUUACAAAUUCGAUUGUUUGUGUGAUUUGUACGAUUCUAUUUCUGUCACCCAAGCCGUCAUUUUCUGUAACACUAGAUCCAAGGUUGAAUUUUUAACCAACAAAUUGAGAGAACAACACUUUACUGUCUCUGCCAUCCACGCUGAUUUGCCACAAGCCGAAAGAGACACCAUUAUGAAAGAAUUCAGAUCUGGUUCUUCAAGAAUCUUGAUCUCUACUGAUUUGUUAGCUAGAGGUAUUGAUGUCCAACAAGUUUCUUUAGUUAUCAACUACGAUUUGCCAGCCAACAAGGAAAACUACAUUCAUAGAAUUGGUAGAGGUGGUCGUUUCGGUAGAAAGGGGGUUGCCAUCAACUUUGUCACUGACAGAGAUGUUGGUAUGAUGAGAGAAAUUGAAAAAUUCUACUCUACUCAAAUCGAAGAAAUGCCAGCUGAUAUUGGUGCUUUAUUUGCUUAG